AUGAAUAUACUACUUACUCUGUUUAGUUUAGUCUUUGCUUUGACUGCUUUAGAUAGUUAUCGGUGUGAUUCCUUUGCUAUUCCUGGAAAAGGUACUUUUAGGCUGGGAAUUCAAUUACAGGAAAAUGUUAGUUCAAGGAUGAACAUGUUAAUUGCAGGGGGUAGAUUAGCUAGUACUAGGAUUGAACUUAAAGAUCCCUUAGGGAAGACAGCUAGAUCUUUUGUUAAUGAGAAUAGAAUAGGUCUUGUUUUUAUGCCACAAGUUACUGGUGAUUACUUUUUGGAGGUAGAGAAUAACUCUAGUGAAGAGGUUAACUUCUCAUUAGACUUACCAGUGAAUAGUGAAGGACCUUUUGCUGAUAAGCUUGAACCAAACAAAGUCAAAGAACUUGAUGAAAUGUUGCGUUCAAUUAUUGAGGCACAGAAGAACCUUUUAGUCCGGCAGAAUACGCACUUACAAAUGGCUAAAAACACUAAGGGCUGGAUUAGGAAACUAACUAUUCUUGAGAUAGUUCUUUGUCUCUUUGCCCUGUACUAUGUUCAUGGAGAGGCCGUUAAGACCUUUUACAGUACCAGAAAAGUCUAA